GAGCGAAGCCCCGUGGAACCCUGGGAGACGCGGUCCUCCCUAACCGGCUGGUGGUGGAGGCAGAGAGAGAGAGAGAGAGAGAGAGAGAGAGAGAUAGAGAGAGAGAGGGUGACGUGCCAUGACAACCAUCAGAGAGAGAGAAAGAAACUGCUGAGUCAUGUCUGCCGGCCUGGACGACACAGACAACGUGUUCGACCUGAACGAGGUCCCAGAGACGGAGCUGCUGGACAACAGCAUCCAGAAGGGCCGCGCCCAGCUGUCUGUCAAAGCUCGCAGGCACCGCCCCUCCAGGUCCCGUUACCGUGACAGCGUGAGCUCCACGGAGGGCGACGACAGUCUGGAGAGGAAGGACAGUCCGCUGCACUCCGCCCGCUCACCUCUCCACCUGGCCAUGCGAGGCUCCUCCCCCUCUCCUGACUCCCUGCUGUCAGCUCGAAGCCCCGCCUUCUCCUUCGACACGUCACUGGUGCGUCGCUCUCCGGAGGAUGAAGGAGCGUCAUUGGCCGCUCCCCCGCGGGGGCGGUACCGCCAGCUGACCAACGCCACGUCUCAGGAGGCUCUGGUGACUCCCAGCAGCUCGCCGUCCAGGUCCUGCCCGUCCUCCGACUGCUCACGGGUCUACAUGAGGAGGAGCAGGAGGCCCGACAGCGAAGUGUUGGUUUCUGACUCCAGUCGGGACACGAGUCCGGCCGAUCCCGAAAGUCCGACCGUCGUCUUCGACAAGAAAACCAAGAGACGCUUCCUGGACCUCGGGGUGACUCUCAGACGUUCGUAUAUCCGGGUGAGGAAAGAUAAAUCCAACCGUCUCUCUGUGGGCAGCAGAGAGCCAUCUGAGAGUCCGUCUCGGUCUUCAGGAUCCUUCGUCCCGUUCUCCUGGUUCACUGAAGGUCGGGGGUCUCUGUCCUCGUCUGGGACUCCUCCUGGAUCCCCCAAAAUCCCCCCGAUGGGCUCCCCGAGACCCCGCAAGUCCCACUCCCAGGAGUCGGCUCUCAGCGAGGAGUUCUCUCCUCCUCACACCUCCUCCUCCACCUCUCCUCCCAUCGACUCGUCCUCCUCCAGAUCCUCCCAUCCGUACCACACCCUGUCCCAGUCCUCGGACGAGCCCUUCGAGGACCCGUCCAGUCUGGUGUCCUCGUGGACGACUCAGCAGGUCUGUCAUUGGCUGAGAGGACUCAACAUGGAGCAAUAUGUCCCAGAAUUCAGUGCAAGGGACGUGGACGGACAGCAGCUGCUGCAGAUGGACGGCAACAAGCUGAAGGCUCUGGGUGUCCUCAGCUCGUCCGAUCGCGGCGCUCUGAAGCGUCGCAUCAAAGAUUUUCACUCUGCAGCCGAGAAAGAGAAGAAAGCUCUGAGACAGAAAGAAAAACAACGAAGACGAGACAACGAACACCGCAGGAACUAACCUCCACCACCGGGGGGGGACAGAGGACAACGAGGGAGACAGAAGACAAAGAGGGGGGAGACAGAGGACAACGAGGGAGAGGACAACGAGGGGGAGGACAACGAGUGGGGGGAGACAGAGGACAACGAGGGGGGACAGAGGAC